AUGCCAUAUAAACCCAUAUCAAAGCCUAUCUCAGCCAGAGAUGGCAUUGGUCGGAGGCUUUAUAAACUAAGGCUUGCAUUGCUAAGUAAAAAGAGACGAAACCUACAAUUUACACUAGGAGGCAUUUUAGCGGGAAUCGGGCUAGUUUUAUAUCUGAUCUCAAACAUAGUACUUGGCACUACACCUCCUGUUGCGCAGCCUCCAGCCAAGCAUGGUUAUUAUUUUUAUGAGAUUGAGCUUCAGAAGCCUUACAUUUUCCCAGAAGUCAACCACAUCAAUGUUUUAAGACAGAUGGGUCUUAACCAGCUUUUUGUGCGGAGAAUUGACGAGCAUGGUAACAGCUUUUAUAUCUACAAAGAGAACGAUCCUCCAUUGACUGAAAAGAAUAGGAAGGAAAAUAGUGAAGCUACGAUUGUAAAAAAAAUGUUUUUGGAUACCGGUAAGAAAACCUAUAAGAAGGUUGUUGGUCACCCUGAAGUUGUCAUUGUGAGCUUAGUUGAUUUUGAGAGAUAUGACAAGGAUACCGUGACACGGAUCAUUAAAAACCGUUAUGAUUAUGCUUACAGACAGCAAUACGGCAUCUAUGUUCGUUGGGCACAGGAAUUUAUUCCAAUGGUUCAGCAACAAACUAUUGAUCAGAGCUAUGAGUAUAUGAAGCCAUUAAUCAUGAGAGCUGCUAUGCAUGCAUUCCCACGUGCCAAAUACUUCUGGUUUAUAGAUCAAGAGGGCUUGAUUAUGAACAUGGACUUCUCUCUUGAGAAACAUUUGUUGUCAGAGAAGGUGUUCAAAAAUAUUGUUUUGAAGGGUGUUCCGGUUAUCAAAGAUUCUACUAUAUUGACACACCGUGAAUUACCUAUGAGUAACGUUAAAAUGAUUAUUCCGCAUACACCUAAUGGCCAAAUUGAAACGAACUCUUUCAUAAUUACCCCAAGUCUAUACGGAAAAGCAUUCUUGGACUACCUUUCUGACCCCUUGAUCAGAAACUACAAGUGGGAGCACUUUGGAGACAGUGUCGGUCACAUGUUACAGUGGCAUCCAAAAAUGUUGUCAAGAACUGCCUUGAUUAAACCUAAAGUCAUAUCUGCCGUAUACGAUCCAGCGGACAAGAACUCUGAUCAAAAGAAGCCCGAAGACAUAGAAAACUCUGCUACAUAUACCGAUGAUGAUGUCGUUAUACUAUUUAAAGGUUGCCGCGAAAGGGGUACUUGUCCAGCUGAAAUAGCGGAAUUCUACGAAAAGUACUGA